GGCCCAAGUUAAAAUUCUCCUUAAAAACUCAUAUGAAAAACAUUCCAAGAAAUAUAAUGAUUCACUAAAAAAAUCUUUCAAGGAGUUAACAAUUUCGUGAAUCGCGUGCAAAGAGGAGUUAUGGGUUUGACGAAUUUCGUACUGACGGUGGCCGGCGUAAGCGCCGUCGUUCUUCUUCUAAGGGGCGACGUGAAGCAAUCUGCGUCGAUUUUCAAACGCAACGUCAAACAAAUUCGCCACUGGCUAGAAGAAGAAACCGCCAAUUCUUCAAAGAAAAUGGAGCAGACUAAAAAGGAAAUUGAAUCGAAAGUUAAAGACAUUCAUAAGGACGAUAAGCACUAAUAUGUUUAUUUAGUUAAUGUGAUGGGUGGUUGGUUUAGUGUAGUAAUUUUUCUGUUUCUGUGUGCUCACCUGUUACUGUCUUUUGAUAGAUUCAGGUUUUAUUUUUAUUUUUAUUUUUAUUUUUUUAGAUACUAAAUUAAUUCUUCGCCUUUUUUGAGCAAUAAUAUGAAGUUAUGGUUUUUCCA